ACGGAGUACUCAAUACGUAUUCAUAUUCAUCAAUUUAUUUACUAACAUGCGCUCCAUACUCUACACUCCAAUACUCUUUUCUCUGGCCUCAGCAGCCACUACCAGCCUCGAUGCGUGGUUGGCCAGUGAAACCGCCGUCGCCCUGCAAGGCAUCAAGGACAACAUUGGGGCCUCAGGCAUCUACGCCGAGAGCGCCAACAGCGGCGUUGUCAUCGCUUCUCCCAGCACCGACGAUCCAGACUAUUACUAUACGUGGACUCGUGAUGCCGCUCUCACAGCCAAAUGCCUGAUCGAUCUGUUCCGCAACGGCGAGACCAGCCUGCUAGGAGUGAUUGAAGAGUACAUCGAUGCCCAAGCGUAUAUCCAGACAGUGUCUAAUCCCUCUGGCGAUCUGUCUGACGGGCUGGGACUGGGCGAGCCGAAAUUCAACGUCGAUGAAACGGCGUAUACGGGCUCUUGGGGACGGCCGCAGCGAGAUGGACCUGCAUUGCGGGCGACGGCGUUGAUUGAUUUUGGAGAAUGGUUGAUAGACAACGGCUAUGAAGAAUAUGCGGCGGAGAUUGUAUGGCCGAUUGUGAGGAACGAUCUGUCGUAUGUGGCUCAAUACUGGAACGAAACUGGCUACGAUCUCUGGGAAGAAGUGGAUGGAAGCUCCUUUUUCACAAUUGUCGUCCAGCAUCGCGCUCUGGUUGAAGGAGCCUCGUUUGCAUCCUCGGUCGGCUCCUCUUGUUCCUACUGUGAGAGUCAAGCACCGCAGAUCCUGUGUUACAUGCAGUCCUUUUGGCUGGGAACAUAUAUUGAAGCCAACUUCGACGAGUCCAGUCGGUCGGGUAAAGACGUCAAUACCCUGCUGGGCACGAUUCAUACCUUUGACCCAUCUGCUGGCUGUGAUGAUUCCACCUACCAGCCGUGCAGUUCCAAGGCCCUCGCCAACCAUAAGGUUGUGGUUGACUCGUUUCGGGACCUGUACACGCUGAACGAUGAUGCCGCGGAGGGCACAGCGUGUGCGAUCGGACGGUACCCCGAGGAUACGUAUUAUGACGGUAACCCCUGGUUUCUGUGUACGCUGGCGGCUGCUGAGCUGCUUUACGAUGCUGUUUACCAGUGGAACACAGUUGGCGAGAUCACCAUCGAUUCCGUCUCGUUGGCGUUCUUCACUGAUCUGUACUCUGAUGCUGCGACGGGGACGUAUUCUUCGUCAAGCGAUGCGUUUGUCGCUAUUGUCGAUGCUGUUACGACCUAUGCGGAUGGAUUUAUGAGUAUUGUCCAAACCCACGCAAUGACCAAUGGAAGUCUGUCGGAACAGUUCGACAAAGACGACGGCUACCAACUCUCUGCCCGCGACUUGACCUGGUCGUACGCAGCCCUGAUCACCGCCAAUAAUGCCCGCAAUGCCAUCAUGCCUGCUUCAUGGGGAGAGACUUCUGCCAGCAGUGUGCCGGCCACCUGUUAUGCCACUUCUGCCACGGGAGUGUACAGUACUGCCACUGAUACGGCGUGGCCAAGUACUUUGACUACUGGCACUGCUACUACCACCACUUCUACUGCCAGUAUUACUACCACUACAAGUACUUCCACCAAGUCUACAUCGACGACUACAUCUACUACGUCUACGGCCACUGCUACCUGUACAAGUGUUGCAGUAACAUUCGAUCUCAUCGCCACAACCGAAUACGGCCAGAACAUGUUCCUCUCAGGAUCGAUUUCCGCCCUGGGAGACUGGAACACAGACGAUGCCGUUGCUCUCAGUGCAGCCGAUUACACGAGCGACGACCAUCUAUGGUUCUUGACUGUCGAUCUGCCUGUUGGCACCUCGUUCGAAUAUAAAUAUAUUCUGGUCGAGAGUGAUGGGACCGUCGUCUGGGCGGAUGGCGAUAACGAGAGCUAUACCGUGCCGACUGCUUGUGAGGCUGUCACUGUGGAUGAUACGUGGGAUUCUUAGCUACAGUAUAUAGUAUAUUAGUAUAGUAUAUAUUAUACUAUCUUAUAUUAUAGAUAUUAUAAUAUCUGUAUAAUGUUCAUAUUCUAUUAUGUUCUUAUAUUCACUCACAUGGCUGCUGCGCCUUCUC